AUGUAUACGUUGUUGAUACACUGAUGCAAUGUUUACCUGGACAAGUCAUCGCGCACUAUUGUAUCAUGAGACUAUUUGUGCUCCUGUAGCGACUAGUCUCGGUGAAUGAUUUCAGGAACAUAGCCUACCAUGCAGCCGGAAGGAACGUUUACGUGUGCAUGGUUUAGAGUUAGUACGGUAUCGCUCUCCUUUUGUCUUUUACUUAAAAAACUACUGAUAAGUCUUCUAGGGCGGAGGAACUAGGAUGAAAAACGAAUAUCUUUUUACUCACAGAUAUGGAAUUAUGGAAUUUGACCCUCGUCUUCCUGAUGUUUUCUGUGUGAUGUUUUAGGAUAGAGCACCAUGGCCAGUCCAGCAGCAGCAUGCUGCAAUACCCCUUCAUGUCCAGAUGGGAGAGCGGCGGAGGCCCAAAAGACAAAGCGCUUCAUCACAGAAGACUAUGAGCUGAGCAAGGAAGAGUUGGAUGGCCUCAUGAGGGAAGGAGAGGAAGGUCGUCCCUUCCUGGUGGUCCAUCAUCUGCUGGAUGUGAAGGAGGCAGGUGUGCCUGUGUUACUGCCUGGGACUCCAGUCAUCUGCAGAGUGGACAGCACCGAGAGAUACACCACACGCUCCAAGGUCCGUGUGUGCACUCUGUACACUGUGAAGCUGACCCAUGGCAAGUUCACCUGGACGGUCAAAAGGAAGUACAAGCACUUCCAGGAGCUGCACCGUGAUCUCUACAAGCACAAGAUGAUGGCCCACUUCCUGCCUCUGGGAAGAUUUGCAGCCCAGAGAGCGCAGCUGAGGGCUAUGACAGAGGAGAUGCCAAGUCUACACGGGACUGAGAGGAUGAGACGAACUUCCAGCAAACCGAAAUACCUUGAGGAAUACCUAAACGGGCUUCUGGAGAAUUCCUUUUGUAAGAACUAUCACGGCAUGCUGGAAUUCCUUGAUGUCAGUGCUCUCUCCUUUGUCAGUGAGCUUGGACCCAAAGGCCUGGAGGGUUCCAUCUUCAAAAGAUCAGGAGGUCACCGUAUCCAGGGGCUGAACUGUAUUGGUCAUCACCAGUUCUGCUUCCGCUGGUCAAAGCGCUGGCUGGUGGUCAAGGACUCCUUCCUGCUCUAUAUGAACCGGGAAAACGGGGUCGUCUGCUUCGUACUGGUCUUUGACCCGGAGUUCAAAGUUCAAGUGGGUCGUGCACACACUGACACCAAAUAUGGGGUUUGCAUUCAGAACUUCACUAGGGAUCUGGUCAUCAAGUGUAACAGCUACAGACAGGCUCGCUGGUGGAGCCAUGAGAUCAACAGGCUGGCUGAGCCCUGUGAAUUCCUCCAGGUCCAACGCUUCGGGGGCUUUGCCCCUCCACGGGAGAACACACUCACUAAAUGGUAUGUAAAUGGAAGUGGCUACUUUGCAGACCUGGCUGAUGCUCUGGAGCAGGCCAAGGAGGAGAUCUUCAUCACAGACUGGUGGCUCAGCCCAGAGGUUUUCCUGAAGAGGCCAGCUACAGACACAUACUGGCGCCUGGACCAGAUCCUCAAUCGCAAAGCAGAACAAGGUGUCAAAGUGUGUGUGCUCCUGUACAAGGAGGUAGAAAUGGCGCUGGGCAUCAACAGUGGCCACAGCAAAAGGACACUGAUGGACAUGCACCCCAACAUCAAGGUGAUGCGACACCCCAACCACAUGUCCGCGGUGGUGUUUCUGUGGGCCCAUCAUGAGAAGAUGGUGGCCAUCGACCAAUCAGUGGCCUUUGUGGGAGGCUUGGACUUGGCCUUCGGGAGGUGGGAUGACAGCCAGUACCGGUUGACUGAUACGGUUCCCAUGGAGACAACCAAUCACAUAUCUGAAGAAGCGCCAAAAGCUCCACUGGCUGAGCCAGAAGCAGUUGAUUCAGGUGACCAGGUGGAUGGGUCAGACUUGGCCCAGGAUCCAAAGCCUACAGAGCCAGAGGAAGUCAACCCUGUGGACCUGAAAAACAACACCCAGUUGUGGCUUGGCAAGGACUACAGCAACUUCAUCAGGAAGGACUGGGUCCAACUGGACCGCCCAUUCGAAGACAACAUUGACCGCACUGAGGUGCCCCGUAUGCCGUGGCGUGACUUAUCUGCUGCACUCCAUGGCAAAGCUGCCAGGGAUGUGGCCCGCCACUUCAUCCAGCGCUGGAACUUUGCCAAGAACUUUAAGUACAAGAACAUCCGAGGCAAGUUCUUCCCCUGCCUUCUGCCCAAGUCUCACAGUACUGUUGACGCACUGCCAUUCACUGUGCCUGGCUCUGCGAAGGCCUCUGUGCAGGUGUUGCGUUCUGUGGAUCGCUGGUCAGCCGGAACUUGUGAAAGCUCUAUCCUCAAUGCCUACAUCCAUACCAUCGAAAACAGCGAACACUACAUCUACAUCGAGAACCAGUUCUUCAUCAGCUGUGCUGACGGGAAGAAUGUGCACAAUGGCAUUGGUGACGCGAUCGUGAAGAGGAUCCUACGUGCACACAGUGAGCAGAAGAAGUACAGGGUGUUUGUGGUGGUGCCCCUGCUGCCUGGGUUUGAAGGAGACAUCCGUGAGGGGGGUGGGAAUGCCAUCCAAGCUAUACUACACUUCACUUACAGGACCAUGUGCCGUGGAGAGUACUCCAUACUGAUGAGACUGCGAGAACUUGAGGACCAGUGGAGCAAGUACAUCACCCUGUGUGGCCUGCGCACGCAUUCCCAGCUCUCCCAGUCCCUGGUCACAGAGCUCAUCUACGUACACAGCAAGACACUCAUAGCCGAUGACCGCCGCUACAUCAUCGGCUCGGCCAACAUCAAUGACCGCAGUAUGCUGGGCAGCCGGGACAGUGAGCUGGCUUUGCUGGUGGAGGAUGAGGAGAGGGUCCUCUCCAUGAUGGGGGGCGAGGAGUACCAGGCCGGACCCCUCACUUUGGCACUGCGCAAAGAGUGUUUCAGGGUGCUUUUAGGAGCCGAUUCUGACCCCAAGAUCGAUAUUGAUGACCCGAUCAGCGAUCAGUUUUUCUUGUUGGGAUGGAACACGACAGCAAAACUGAAUGCUAAGAUUUAUGACAAGGUCUUCCGCUGCCUCCCCUGCAACUCUGUCCACAGCAUGAGGGAGCUGAAAGAGCAUUCAGGCAUAGAGCGCCUGUGUGACACAGACCCCCAGCAAGCUAAAGAGGAGCUGGAGGCCAUCAGGGGGCUACUGGUCCACUUCCCCCUCAACUUCCUGUCAGAGGAGAGUCUGCUCCCCCCACUGGGCAGUAAGGAGGGCAUGGCUCCUACGGGACUCUGGACAUAAGAGUACCAGGCUACCAGCCACAAGGGCCAGGAUGACACUGAAAAAUCCCAGUACAGCAGGGAAGACCUUUAUAGAUUUGUAUCACCUUCGCCAGAUUCCACUCCAUUGUUAAUAAAAAGAUUGGAACAAAAUGUAUUCUAAACUCACCUAGCUAAAAAACACUAACUGAUGUGUCUACAAAGAAUGCAAUUAGAUGCAAGAUUUUUACAUAGCUGUUGAUACAGAGUGGAUUUUAACUCUGUUAAAACGGUCAAACAUUUAAAAACACACCAGAUGAUAAUGUAUCCCAGGGUUCCCCAACUGGCGGCCUGCAGGUGAUUGUAUUUGAUCCCCCCAAGUUUUCUGAGCAAAUAAAUAAAUAAAAUAUAUAUUUAUUUUA